UCCUCGGACAUGUCCAUCCCCGCGUCUUCUCCACAUUCCUCAAACAUCUCCUUCCAUGUUCUCUCCACAUUCCUCGGACAUGUCCAUCCCCGCGUCUUCUCCACAUUCCUCAAAGAAUCCAUCGAACAUCAAUAUGGACCAUCUUUGAUCGAUUCUGCUGUAUGUAUGACGUUAUGACGUUCUUCCAUUCGCAGAGUGGAACAUUCAGAUUUAGAUUUAGAUUUGGAACUUUAACUUUUGAGAGCUUGCGAUUCGGCCGUUUUCCAUACUCAUGCUCAUGCUCAUGCUCAUGCUCGAGAUUGUCGAGCUCCUUGUUUUUCUCAGAAAUUGGCGGGAGAUUGUCGAGUUUGGGUUCCUUCUCCCUUUUUGUCAGAAAAUGGGUUUUGAGAUUGUCGGGCUCCUUCUUUCUCUCAGAAAUCGGCUCGAGUUUGACGAGUUUGAGCUCGUCUUUUCGGAAAUCGGCUCGAGAUUGACAAAUUUGAGUUUGAGCUCCUUCUCCUUCUUUCCAGAAAUCCGUGAGGUUUCGUUUUCGUCAUAAAGCGAUUCAUCCGUUCAAGUUUGUCCACCAAGACCGAUCAAGAAACCCCAUGACCAACGCGGUCCCGCGUCCGCGAAAAGACGUCCAUGUCAGUGUGGUCCGGUGGGUUCGCUCCACGUUGAACGUUCUUUCUUUACAAUUAAAGAAUCGGGUGUGCCGACGAGGCUUUCCCGGGAGAGAUUGGUGGACGGUUCCCGGGUUGGAUGGAGGGAUGAGAGGUUAUGGUUGGAUGUAUGGACGGUCCGAGUUCAGAUUCCAC